AUGUUGUGUAAGUGGUUGUGGAAAUAUGCAGUGAGCAGUAACAAUUGGUGGAGGUCCCUUAUCGAUAUAAAGUAUUCAAACAGAACUUCCCAAUGGCAAACAGGCUAUAUCAGAGGUCGCUACUCAAGCUCGGUUUGGGCGAAUGUUACUCGUGAAUACAAACUAUUUUGGAAAUUUGUCCAUAUCGACCCUGGUGGAGGAGCGAAUCCUCCGGAUUGCUGUUGCCUCACAACAGGAAGUCAGGAUCAGUGA